GAGGCCCCGCUGCCGCCGCCAUUUGCAGCCGCGCCGACCGAGCGAGCAAGCGAGCCGAGAGCCCGAGUAAACGCAGCCAGGCCAGGCCAGGCCGCCUCCUCUCUCGUCUCCUCUCCCCCGACCUCCCCGCCGCCAUCCUCCCCUCCCUUCCCCAAUUCACCCCCUCCCCCCUCCUCCCCAUCUCGGCCUCUCUCUUAUCCCACCGGCAAGGCAGCGCCAUGUUCAGGCUACACGGAGGAGGAGGAGGAACAGCGGCAGCAGGAGAAAAGUGAGCCGAGAGCCGGGGACAGGCCGAAGACAGACAGACUCGGGGGGGCGAAGCCUGAGAGGAACCGGAGCGGAAGCGGAGCAAACACUCCUGAAGUGACCAUCGGGCCUCCGGAUUCACCCGUGAGAACACUUAGCAGAAGGCGAUCCCUUCCCUCCUCCAUCGUUUUUAUAUAUAUUUAUGAAAGAGAGAGGAAAGCGCUGAAACGAGAAGAGAAAAAAUUCUUUUUCCAGUAAAAGAAAGGGGAAUAAUGACCAUUUCCCGCUUUCCUCAGCUGACCGCCCCGACCAGCAAUGAAUCUUGACUCGUUAUCGCUGGCCUUGUCUCAAAUCAGCUACCUUGUGGACAACCUGACCAAGAAGAAUUACAAAUCCAGCCAACAGGAGAUCUCUCAUAGAGGAAGCCAUGUGUUCAGGAUGGCAGACAUCUCGGGCAUCUAUGUGGAAAAUCUCGUCAUCGGAAGAAAUACAGCAGAAGUGGAAGAAUGGGGAGAGAUUGUGAACAGGCACGGCCCCGAGGCAGACAGAUAUUUGUUACGCUGUCUAUUCUCGCAUGUGGAUUUCAGUGGCGAUGGUAAAAGUAGCGGCAAAGAUUUCCAUCAGACGCAGUUUCUGAUUCAGGAGUGCGCGUCGCUGAUUACCAAGCCAAACUUUAUCUCGACGCUGUGUUACGCCAUUGACAAUCCAUUGCACUAUCAGAAGAGUCUGAAACCUUCACCCCACCUGUUUACUCAACUUAGUAAAGUGCUCAAGUUAAGCAAAGUCCAAGAGGUUAUCUUAGGCCUCGCCUUGCUGAAUUCUUCUAGCUCAGAUCUGCGAGCGUUUGCUCUCCAAUUUGUGAAACAGAAGCUUCCUGAUCUUCUGCGAUCCUACAUUGACGCAGACGUGAGUGGGAACCAAGAAGGUGGCUUUCAGGAUAUUGCAAUAGAGGUCCUGCACCUGCUCCUGUCCCAUCUUCUUUUUGGGCAAAAAGGAGCAUUUGGUGUCGGACAGGAACAGAUUGACGCUUUCCUUAAGACAUUGUGCAGAGAUUUUCCGCAAGAGCGUUGUCCUGUGGUGCUUGCACCACUGCUAUAUCCUGAAAAACGGGACAUUCUGAUGGAUAGGAUUUUGUCUGAUUCGGGAGGGAUAGUGAAAACGACGAUGGACAGCUCACUAGCAGAUUUUAUGCAAGAAGUAGGCUACGGCUUUUGUACAAGCGCUGAAGAAUGCCGUCAGAUCAUUUUGCAGUUCGGAGUUCGGGAAGUGACAGCUUCUCAGGUUGCCAGGGUAUUGGGAAUGAUGGCUCGGACGCAUUCAGGCUUGACUGAUGGCAUUUCCUUACAAUCUAUCUCAGCCCCUGGAAGUGGAAUCUGGAGUGAUGGAAAGGAUAAAACUGAUUCUGCACAGGCCCAUACUUGGAAUGUAGAAAUAUUUAUUGAUGUUGUGAAAGAUGUGAAUCCAAACCUAAAUUUUAAGGAGGUGACAUAUGAGCUGGAUCAUCUAGGAUUCAUCCUUCGUGACAGCAAAGGUCUGCAAAUUGUAGUAUAUGGAAUCCAGAAAGGGAUGGGGAUCGAAGUCUUUCCUGUUGAUCUCAUUUACCGGCCAUGGAAACAUGCAGAAGGACAGCUCUCCUUUAUUCAUCACUCAUUAAUGAACCCAGAUGUCUUCUGUUUUGCUGACUACCCAUGUCAUUCUGUUGUGACGGACAUUUUGAAAGCCCCUCCAGAGGAUGACAACCGGGAAAUUGCUACAUGGAAAAGCUUGGACCUCAUUGAGACGUUACUGCGCCUUUCAGAGCUUGGACAAUACGAGCAGGUCAAACAGCUCUUCAACUUCCCCAUCAAACACUGUCCAGAUAUGUUGGUGCUGUCCUUACUCCAGAUCAAUCCAACCUGGCACACUCUGCGACAUGAGCUGAUUUCCACACUGAUGCCAAUUUUCCUGGGCAAUCAUCCGAAUUCUGCCAUUAUCUUGCACUAUGCGUGGCACGGACAGGGUCAAUCUCCCUCAAUCCGACAACUGAUCAUGCACGCAAUGGCAGAGUGGUACAUGCGUGGUGAGCAGUAUGAUCAGGCCAAGCUCUCUCGCAUUCUAGAUGUAGCUCAAGACUUGAAGGCAGUCGUCGGGAGUGAGAUGGACUUCUCUUCGCUUGGCUGGAUGAGUAUGGUACCAACCACACGCAAGAAAAUUGACAGCAUCCAGGGCAAGGCCUUGUCUAUGCUGCUAAAUGGUACUCCGUUUGCCUUUGUUAUUGACCUUGCUGCACUUGCAUCUCGCCGAGAAUACCUCAAACUUGAUAAAUGGUUGACUGAUAAAAUCCGCGAACAUGGGGAACCAUUUAUCCAGGCAUGUGUUACGUUCCUGAAGAGACGGUGUCCUUCUAUAAUGGGUGGGCUGGCUCCUGAAAAGGAACAACCCAAGAGUGCUCAACUUCCUCCUGAAACACUGGCUACCAUGCUGGCUUGCCUACAGGCUUGUGCAGGGAGUGUGUCUCAGGAGCUAUCGGAGACUAUUCUUACAAUGGUGGCUAACUGUGGCAACGUCAUGAACAAAGCCCGCCAGCCACCUCCAGGAGUAAUGCCCAAGGUCCGCGCACCUAGUACCAGCAGUAUAGAAACCAUGUCGCCUGUACAGAUUGAUCCUUUGUCUGGCAUGGCUUCAUUGACAAUUGGUGGACCAGCUGCAUCCCUCACUCCGAGUAUACAGGGUUUUACAGCUAACCUGAGUUCUGCAUUCAACACCCCACAAUCACCAGCGAAAGCCUUUCCUCCACUUUCAACACCAAACCAGACAACUCCCUUCAGUGGUAUCGGCACUCUUCCGUCCCAAAUUCCAGGAAGUUUGGGCACAGGGAGUUUGACUGGCAUGGGAACUGGUGGACUUGCACUACCAACUGUGAACACUGACCCUUUUGGGCAGCGAAAGAUGAGCACAUCUGGACUGAACCCACAAACAUUCCAGCAGAGUAAGAUGAAACCUUCUGACCUUUCUCAGGUAUGGCCGGAGGCAAAUCAGCACUUUAGCAAGGAGAUUGAUGAUGAAGCAAACAGUUACUUCCAGCGAAUUUACAACCAUCCACCCCAUCCUACCAUGUCUGUUGAUGAGGUACUGGAAAUGCUGCAGAGGUUUAAGGAUUCCACUAUUAAGCGUGAAAGGGAAGUUUUUAACUGCAUGCUUCGUAAUCUGUUUGAAGAGUACCGGUUCUUCCCCCAGUAUCCAGAUAAAGAGCUGCACAUCACAGCCUGCCUAUUUGGAGGAAUUAUUGAGAAAGGCCUGGUCACAUAUAUGGCAUUGGGACUUGCACUGCGCUAUGUUCUUGAGGCUUUGCGUAAACCGUUCGACUCCAAGAUGUACUACUUUGGUAUUGCUGCACUAGACAGAUUUAAAAACAGAUUGAAGGACUAUCCUCAGUAUUGUCAACAUUUAGCUUCUAUUGGCCACUUUUUACAGUUUCCUCAUCAUUUACAGGAGUACAUUGAGUAUGGCCAGCAGUCCAGAGAUCCUCCUGUGAAAAUGCAGGGUAGCAUUACAACUCCUGGCAGUAUUGCUUUAGCUCAGGCUCAGGCUCAAGCGCAGGCUCAGAAUAAGACCCCUAUGGCCAGACAGGUCAGUGCCAUAGUAACCACUUCCACAACCACCACAGUCACCAAAGCAACGACAGUUACCAGGCCGACUGGAGUGAGCUUUAAGAAAGAUGUACCGCCCUCUAUUAACACAACAAACAUAGAAACAUUGUUGGUGGCUACAGACCAGGGCGAGAGAAUAGUGGAACCACCUGAGAAUAUUCAAGAAAAAGUAGCAUUCAUCUUCAACAACCUCUCACAGUCCAACAUGACACAAAAGGUGGAAGAGCUAAAAGAGACUGUGAAGGAUGAGUUUAUGCCCUGGGUAUCUCAAUAUUUGGUUAUGAAGCGGGUUAGCAUUGAACCAAACUUUCACAGUCUUUACUCAAACUUUAUGGAUACACUAAAGAACCCCGAGUUUAACAAAAUGGUGCUCACCGAAACAUACAGAAACAUCAAGGUACUGCUAACAUCAGACAAGGCUGCGGCAAACUUUUCAGACCGAUCGUUGUUGAAGAACCUGGGACACUGGUUGGGUAUGAUCACCCUGGCCAAAAACAAACCCAUCUUGCACAUUGAUUUGGAUGUGAAAUCAUUGCUGCUGGAAGCUUACAUGAAAGGUCAGCAAGAGAUGCUCUACGUCGUCCCGUUUAUUGCCAAAGUUUUAGAGUCCAGCGUUAGGAGUAUGGUUUUUAGGCCUCCAAAUCCUUGGACAAUGGCUAUCAUGAAUGUAUUAGCUGAGCUACAUCAAGAGCACGAUUUGAAGUUAAACCUAAAGUUUGAGAUCGAAGUCUUGUGUAAAAAUCUGGCUUUGGAUAUCAAUGACUUGAAGCCUGGAACGUUAUUGAAGGACAAAGAAAAAUUGACAAGCCUAGAAGAACAGCUAUCAGCUCCAAAGAGAGAGUCCAAAAUACCUGAGGAGCUACCAGUAGUUGUCACCACUGCUGCAUCAGUGACUCCAGCAACAACUACCACAUGUACCGCCACUGGACCUCCACAGCCACAGUUCAGCUAUCAUGACAUCAAUGUAUAUUCACUGGCUGCCUUGGCUCCUCACAUUACAGUCAAUCCAAAUAUUCCUUUGUUCCAAGCCCAUCCACAACUGAAAUCAUAUGUUCGGCAAGCAAUAGACCGUGCUGUGCAGGAGCUUGUUCAUCCUGUCGUUGACCGGUCAAUCAAAAUUGCCAUGACCACCUGCGAACAGAUAGUCCGAAAAGACUUUGCCCUAGAUUCUGAGGAAUCACGGAUGCGAGUUGCAGCACACCACAUGAUGCGUAACCUGACUGCUGGAAUGGCCAUGAUUACGUGCAGGGAGCCUUUACUAAUGAGCAUUGCUACAAACCUAAAGAACAACUUUGCCACUGCUCUACGGGCUGCAUCUCCACAACAGAGAGAGAUGAUGGAACAAGCAGCUGCCCAGAUAGCACAAGACAACUGUGAGCUAGCAUGUUGUUUUAUUCAGAAAACAGCUGUUGAAAAAGCAGGUCCUGAAAUGGAUAAACGACUUGCAACAGAAUUUGAACUUCGGAAGCAUGCCAGACAGGAAGGUCGACGAUACUGUGAUCCUGUAGUACUGACCUACCAGGCUGAGCGUAUGCCUGAGCAAAUCAGAUUAAAGGUGGGUGGUGUAGAUCCUAAACAACUGGCUGUGUACGAAGAGUUUGCACGCAACAUCCCAGGAUUUCUACCCAGCAAUGACAUUUCACAGCCCACAGGCUUCUUGGCCAAGCCCAUGCAGCAAGCUUGGGCAACUGACGAUAUUGCACAGAUUUAUGACAAGUGCAUCACAGAAUUGGAGCAACAUCUGCAUGCAAUUCCACCAUCUCUGGCCAUGAACCCCCAGGCUCAGGCACUUCGCAAUUUAUUGGAAGCCGUGGUAAUGGCCAGGAAUUCACGUGAUGCUAUUGCUGCUCUUGGCCUCCUGCAGAAGGCCGUGGAGGGACUGCUGGAUGCCACGAGUGGUGCUGACCCAGAUCUCUUACUUCGAUACAGAGAAUGCCAUUUGUUGGUUUUGAAAGCGCUGCAGGAUGGACGUGCCUAUGGAUCUCAGUGGUGUAACAAUAAAAUCACUAGGUGCCUAAUUGAGUGCCGUGAUGAAUACAAGUAUAAUGUGGAUGCUGUGGAAUUGCUCAUUAGACAUCAUCUAGUGAACAUGCAACAGUAUGAUAUUCACUUAGCCCAGUCAAUGGAGAAUGGCUUGAACUAUAUGGCUGUAGCUUUUGCCAUGCAGUUGGUAAAGAUUCUCUUGGUGGACGAGAGAAGCAUUAGCCAUGUUACCGAAGCAGAUUUAUUCAACACUAUUGAAACACUUAUGAGGAUCAGUGCUCAUUCCAGAGGAAAUGCACCUGAAGGAUUGCCCCAGCUCAUGGAUCUCCUUAGAGCUAACUAUGAAGCUAUGAUGGAUCGUGCACAUGGAGGCCCCAACUUUAUGAUGCAUUCUGGGAUAUCUCAGGCCUCAGAAUAUGAUGAUCCACCAGGGCUUCGGGAGAAAGCUGAGUAUUUACUGAGGGAAUGGGUAAACCUUUACCACUCUGCAGCAGCUGGACGGGACAGCACCAAAGCAUUUUCAGCCUUUGUUGGGCAGAUGCACCAGCAGGGAAUUUUGAAGACUGAUGACCUGAUUACGCGUUUCUUCCGCCUAUGCACUGAAAUGUGUGUUGAGAUUAGUUACCGUGCACAACAGGAACAGCAGCACAAUCCCACUGCCAAUCCUACGAUGAUCAGGGCCAAGUGCUAUCACAACCUUGAUGCUUUUGUCAGAUUGAUAGCCCUGCUGGUUAAACACUCUGGGGAGGCUACCAACACUGUCACUAAAAUCAAUCUUCUCAAUAAGGUACUGGGGAUUGUUGUCGGAGUACUAUUGCAAGAUCAUGAAGUACGUCAGAGUGAGUUUCAGCAGCUGCCAUAUCAUCGUAUCUUCAUCAUGUUGUUGCUGGAGUUAAAUGCCCCUGAGCAUGUGCUGGAAACUAUCAAUUUCCAGACUCUGACUGCUUUUUGGUAAGUAUUAACAAAGGCAAAUAUCCCUGUUGUCCCAUGAUAAAAAGGAGGGAAUAGUGGUAACUUUGCCUAAUGGCUUCCAACAGGUGUGUCAGAGAACUGAAAUAUUGCUGAAUUGCACCUUUUAUAAAAAGGGAAAAAGAAUGAACCAAGUUAAAAAUCAGUAACAUAGCUGGUGAACAAAUUAAUAAUUGUCGGCUAUUAGUACCUUUGCUGUUGAGUGAUUAAGCUUCCCCCCCCACCCCCACAGGCUAAUGCUCUCUUGAUUUUCUAUUCUUAUUGGAAUGUUUUCAGCAUCAGUCAACGAAGAGAAAUAUAAAAUAUUUGUUCAAAGACUUUGUUGCUUCCUUAUUUCCCAUGAUCAAUUUCAAUCCCUUGGUCUCAUCUUCUCAGGAACCAGUGUUUACCUUCAGACUCUCUGUAAUGUACUUUUAGAAGCCCUUUUGUGUCACUAGAACACAAAGAGUAGGAGUAGGCCAAUGGCCUCUUUUAAAUAUUUCUUCAUCUCGCCUUAAGUCUGUGCCUUUUGAGUUUUGGACUCCCAUACCAAGGGACAAGUGUGACCAUUUGCAUUAUCUAUGUCCCUCAUGAUUUUAUAGAUCUAUAAGGGCAUUCCUCCUAAAAGCCGUAGCAUAUACUGUCUCCUAACUCGAGCAAUUCGGUCCUGGUAACUGUUUGUGAAUUGUUUUGCACCCUUUUCACCUUAAUGACUGCUUCCUACAGCUGGGUGACCAGUACUGCACACAAUGCUCCAAGUACAGUUUUGCCAUCAACUUGUACAGUUAUAACAUUUAUGUCCCAACUCCUGUACGCUGUGCCCUGAC